GUGCUGAAAGGCUGCAAGAAGCUGAACCUGUCUGUGCACUCUGUGGGUCGCAUCCCGGGGGGCUAUGUCACCAACCACAUCUACACCUGGGUGGACCCGCAGGGCCGGAGCGUGUCCCCCCCGACGGGCCUGCCACACCACCAGAACAGCUCCCUGCGCAAGGACAGCGAGAAGAGGAGCCACCUCCAGCUCCUGCAAGAGGGGGAUGAGAAGAAGGUGAAUCUGGUCCUGAAUGAAGGGAAAUCUUUGGGGCUCAUGAUCCGAGGAGGGGCAGAAUAUUCCCUGGGCAUCUACAUCACUGGUGUGGAUAAAGGCUCUGAGGCAGAGAGCACUGGCUUGAAGGUGGGAGACCAGAUCCUGGAGGUGAAUGGCAGGAGCUUCCUCAGCAUCCCCCAUGAUGAGGCAGUGAAGCUGCUCAAGUCUUCCCGACACCUGAUCAUGACGGUGAAGGACAUCGGGAGGUUGCCCCAUGCCCGCACCACUGUGGAUGAGACCAGGUGGAUUGCAAGUUCCCAGGUCGGAGAGACCCUGGUCAGCUCAGGAGGGGCAGUGGGCGACCAUGCUGCAGACAUGACAGCCAGGCCUGUGUUUUACCGGGGGCUGGCUGGCUCCCAGGUGACACUGAGCACCAUGGUGAACCAGACCCGUGUCAUGCUGGAGGAACAGGCACGGCACCUGCUCAACGAACAGGAGAGAGCCACCAUGGGCUACUACCUGGAUGAGUAUAAGGAGGGCAACAUCUCUGUGGAUGCUCUGGUCAUGGCACUCUUUGAGCUACUCAACACACAUGCUAAGUUCUCGCUGCUUUCAGAGGUGCGAGGUGUGAUCUCCCCUCAAGACCUUGACCGUUUUGACAACCUGGUGCUGAAGAGAGAGAUCGAGUCCAUGAAGGCACGACAGCCCACGGGGCCCAGCGCCGCCACCGACUCCUACUCCAUGAUGUCCUACAGCGACACUGUCUCGUCCUCCAGCAGCCACUUCACUGCCACCACCGUCAGCUCCGCACGGGAGCGACUCCUGUGGCUGAUAGACCUGAUGGAGAACACAUCUGAACUGGAAGGAGCUGGGGACUGCCACCAAGGCAGCAUCAACACCCUGCCAGAUGUGUCCCUGGAUGAUCUCUCCUCUUUCCCAGAUGAACCACCCAACUUCAAGCCUCCUCCUCCUCCUUCAGGCUCUCAGCUGCUGGACCCCUCUGCUGCCCCGCACAGGAAGUCAGGGAAGGAGAAGUCCAAACCUCCCCCUCCCCCGGACAAGGGCAGCCCCCAGGCCAUGGCCAACCAGCAUUUCAUCAUGGUGGAGGUGCAUCAGCCCAACAGUGAGCCUGACGUCAACGAAGUGAGGCCCUUGCCCCAGGCCAGAG